AAGAAGACGGUGCGCACAAUUUCCCGCGAACUUGGAAGACAUCUAACACUUUCAAUGUGAUGAAAUUCCAGUUUCUUUGAUCGCAACAUAUGCCACGUUGAGUUUCAACUUUCAAUGGCGCAUCAAAUCCUAGCCUCAACUUCACACCCAACCAAUUUGGCCUUCCCUUUACAAUCUCCCAACUACCAUGUUCGCUACUUUUGAAGAAUCACCCACCAAACGCUAAUUCCUCACAAGGGUCUUUAAAUUUUCUGGGCAAUUCUUCAUCUUCCUAAAUUUUUCUCUGCAGAAAUGGCGGACAACGGAAGAAAUCAUGGUAGUGAAGUUGUAGAUGAGAAGAGUUCCACCGGCAUCAAGGUACAAGGGAUGCAAUUUUCUUAUGAAUGUGAUUCUCCUCUUUUCGUGGAGUUCAAUCUCCAGAUUGGCUCUGGAUCUCGAUGUCUUCUCGUUGGCGCCAAUGGAUCUGGGAAGACGACUUUGCUGAAAAUUUUGGCCGGCAAACAUAUGGUUGGAGGAAGAGAUGUUGUCCGUGUUCUAAAUGGUUCAGCUUUUCAUGACACUCAACUUGUAUGUAGUGGUGAUUUGGCCUACUUGGGAGGAUCUUGGAGUAAAACCGUUAGCUCUGCGGGAGAGGUUGCGUUACAGGGAGAUUUUUCUGCUGAACAUAUGAUAUUUGGAGUUGAAGGAACGGAUCCUGAAAGGAGAGAGAGGUUGAUUGACCUCCUUGAUAUUGAUCUCCAGUGGCGAAUGCAUAAGGUAUCCGAUGGGCAACGUCGUCGGGUGCAAAUCUGCAUGGGCCUGUUGCAUCCUUUUAAGGUUCUCUUAUUAGAUGAGGUCACAGUUGACCUUGAUGUCGUCACGAGGAUGGACCUUCUGGACUUCUUGAAGGAAGAGUGUGACCAGAGGGGAGCUACAAUUGUUUAUGCAACUCACAUAUUUGAUGGACUGGAGACAUGGGCAACUCAUCUGGCAUAUAUUCAAGAUGGUGAGCUAAGAAAGUCAGAGAAGUUAUCUGAAGUUGAUGAGUUGAAAAUUUGUGCCAAUUUGCUUUCUGUGGUUGAGACUUGGUUGCGUGCUGAAACCAAACUUGAGAAGAAGAAGAAGCAGCCAAUUCACCCUCCAUCCAACACUCAAAAGAACAUUUCUCCUUUUGGUUCGUCUCCUUUCAUGUCUUCCAGACAUAUGGCUUACUAUCGUUAGCUUUAGUAGAAUUAUUUUGGGCAUAUAAUCUAAGAAGUGUAUUAUGAAUAUUGAUUUUACUUUACUUUUGUUUGAGAUCGAAAUCGAUCUAAAUUUUAUGUGGGAUAUAAUGAUAAAAGUAAAGAAAAAUAGGGUUCACAAGCCCCCAAGGGUGACUCCAUUGGCAAGGGCUUAGGGUCUUUGGUCAUACGGGCUUAGAAGUCCCAAGUUCGAAUCUUCAAGUGAAUUUAAUAUAAAAAAUUAUUGAUCUCUCUCCAGUUUAGCCCUUGGGAAGGGCGUGAAUGCCCCCAAAUAUAGGGGCAAAGCUCUGUCUCCCCGUUAGUAUAAUAAAAAAUCAUAAGUUUAGAAUUCAAAA